GGAACCAUUCGUUACAUCCAGUUAGAAGGCCGAAGAACUUUACAAUGAAGUAUCUGGGAUUCGUCCUUUGCUUAGCCUUAUUGGCAUUCCAAGCAAAGUCCGCCCAAGCUGUUUGUGGCUACGAGUCAUGUCAUGAAACCAAGUCAAACAUGGUGAACAUCCACUUGGUUCCCCAUUCCCACGAUGAUGUCGGCUGGCUAAAGACGGUUGAUCAGUACUUCUAUGGUCACAAGAACAACAUUCAGCACGCCGGAGUCCAGUACAUUAUCGACACCGUGAUCUCUGAACUGAUCAAGAACCCGGAUCGUCGCUUCAUCCAGGUGGAGACCUCCUUCUUCUCCAAGUGGUGGGACGAGCAGUCGGAGACCGUCAGGGCAAUUGUGAAAAAGCUGGUCAACGAGGGUCGCCUUCAGUUUACAAACGGAGCCUGGAGCAUGAACGAUGAGGCUGCCGUGAACUACCAGAGUGUGAUCGAUCAGUUUACAGUUGGUUUGAAGUUCCUGGAUGAUACCUUCGGUGUAUGCGGUCGUCCUCGUGUCGGCUGGCAAAUCGAUCCCUUCGGCCACUCCCGUGAACAGGCUUCACUGUACGCCCAGAUGGGAUACGAUGGCGAGUUCUUUUCACGCAUGGAUCACAACGACAAGGGCAGACGGAUGAAUGAUCUUGCUCUAGAAAUGGUUUGGGAUGCCAGUGAGUCACUGAGUGAUGUCAAGCUCUUCACCGGACUACUGUACACCUUCUACUGGGAUACCCCCGGAUUUUGCUUCGAUGUUCACUGCAGCGACGAUCCAAUUAUUGACAGCGACAGUUACGACAACAAUGUCAAGUCCAGGGUGGAUGACUUCAUUGCCUACGCCGCUCAAGUGGCCGAAAAGUUCCGCACGAACCACAUCAUGAUUCCCAUGGGUGGAGACUUCCAGUACGAAGAUGCUGAGGUGAACUUUAAGAACAUGGACAAACUGAUCAAGUACAUCAACGAGCGUCAAUCCAGUGGUUCUAAGUACAACAUAUUCUACUCAACACCCGGUUGCUACUUGAACUCUGUGCACAAGAGUGUGCAGUCCUACCCAAACAAAACUCUUGAUUUCUUCCCAUAUGGAAGUGAUUCAAACAGCUUCUGGACUGGUUAUUACACCUCUCGUCCCACACAAAAGCGAUUUGAGCGCGAUGGAAACCACAUUCUUCAGGUUGCCAAACAGCUUAGUGCCUUCGCAGGGCUUUCGAGUACUCAGCAGAAGGAGGAUCUUGAGUACCUCCGCCAGAUCAUGGGAGUAAUGCAACAUCACGAUGCCAUUACGGGCACUGAGAAACAGCAUGUGUCCGAUGACUACGAUCGGCUUUUGUACGACGCCAUCCUCGGUGGUACUAAAACUGCCGCCGAUGGUCUGCGCAAGGUGACCAACCUGCCCAAUGGAGAGUUCCACAGUUGUCUCCAAUUGAACAUCAGCGAGUGCGCCUUCACCAAGGACAGUGCGGAUAACGUGGUGGUGACCCUGUACAACCCACUGGCCCACACCACCAACCAGUAUGUGAGAGUCCCUGUGAAGAAUGAGAACUACCAGGUUACCGAUGAGAAGGGUCGCGUGGUGGCCUCGGAAGUGGUCCCACUUCCCUGGGAGGUCCUGGCCCUGGAGUUCCGUAACAACGACACUCAGCAUGAGUUGGUCUUCAAGGCUUCCGUUAACAAGAUCGCUAGCUACUACAUCAAGAAGGUUGACAGCAAGGAGAGCACUGAUACCGUUCUUACCACUCCUCAAAAGAAGACUGGAGCUGAAACCUACGAUGACGAAGAAACUGUUGUGCAGACAUCGCUUAUUAAACUGGUGCUGGACAACAAAACAGGCUUAUUGAAGAGGGUUGAAAUGAACGGAGUCUCCGAGAACAUCGAUCAGAGCUAUGGUAAUUAUAGGACCUAUGACUCCGGUGCCUACGUCUUCCGUCAAUACAACCAAGGAGACUUUGUAAUCCAGGAAGAUGGAGUCGAGUUUACUGUCUACGAUGGAGCUUUAGUCAAGGAGGUCCACCAGCAUUUCAACGACUACAUCUCUCAGGUCAUCCGUAUUUAUGAGAACAAAAAUGUUGUGGAGUUCGAGUGGCUGGUUGGCCCCAUUCCAAUUGAAGAAGAGUUUGGUACGGAGGUAGUCAUGACAUUCACCAGUGAAAUCGCUUCCAAUGGCGUCUUUUACACUGAUUCCAAUGGUCGUGAGUUGAUUAGACGAGAAAAGGAUAAGCGAGAGGACUUCGACCCAGAAUUGGCAGUGCAGCCUACUUCCGGAAACUACUAUCCCAUUACAUCCCGCAUUGCUUUGCAAGACAGUAACAAGCGCAUCGCCGUCCUGAACGAUCGUGCUCAGGGAGGAUCUAGCAUGAAGGAUGGGCAAAUAGAACUCAUGUUGCAUCGUCGUCUAGUCCGUGAUGAUGGAUACGGAGUAGAUGAGACCUUGAACGAGCAGAAAUAUGGCCAGCCCUUGAUUGCUCGUGGUAAGGUCUUCCUAAUCCUCAAUGCUGCGGAUGAGUCCACGUCCGCGGAGCGCGAGGCCGAGAAGGAGUUCCACCUGCCCCUUUGGAAGUUCUUCAGCCAGAACAGUGGAAGUAGCAGCUCCGCUGCCAAGGCGGUUCCCAGUUUUGACGACUUCCCCCAGUCGGUGCACCUUCUUACUCUGGAACCUUUCAACGAUGAUGAGGUUCUGCUGCGUGUGGAGAACUUCAAGGAUCACAUUGAAGGCAAAGUGGUUAGCUUCAACAUUCGCCCGAUCUUUGACUAUUUGAACGGAUUGGAAAUUCGCGAAACCACCUUGGAUGGAAGUCUUCCACUUAGCGACUUGAAGCGAUUCAAGUUCCACUCUGAGGGCUCGGGGGCAAGAGGAUCAGAACCUGAGUAUUACACCUCUUCUCACAAGCCCCUUUCAGCAAAUCAGACGCAGGAUGCCUCCGAAUUUGCUGUGACCUUGUACCCAAUGCAGAUUCGAACUUUUAUUAUUAAGCAUGAUUAAAUGUAUUCAAAUGUAUUAGUUGUUAAACAAU